AUGGCCAUUAAUGCAGAUGAAAAAGACUUUUGGGAUUUCAUGUCAAUUGCGAAAAUAUCAGACAGCUUACUGCUUGCACAGCGACUUAUAGAAGCUUACAAGAUCCUCCAGAACUGGGAGAGCGGGUGCAAAAUUGCUGAAUUUGCGCUCGAACUUAUUCCUGCCUACACACCUCGGUUUCUACAAUUUUCAGAUGCCCAAGCCCUUCUAUCUAGAAUCAACGGUCUUGCUUCCUUCGGCGCUGCCUUUUCGCUACAAAGCAGAAAACGUGAUGGGCAUAGUCUUACAAUGCUUGAGAGAGGGAGAGGGAUUACCGCGGACCUUUUGUAUGACCUUCGUCUUGACUUUGACAGUCGAAAGUUUGCAGAUCUGAAGCCCGAGUUCAAACAGAAACUUUUGAGUAGUAUAGGACAACUCGAAAAUGUCACUCCAAGGGUCAACCACCUUCCUGGCCUUGCUUCUGACGGACCUAGCUCUGGUCUUGUGGAGCUUACCAAGAGGCUAGAAGCAAGUAAAAUGGUUAACGAGUUUACGAAGGGCUGGAACACACGUCUCAAACCAGACAAUAUCGGAUUCUCGCCACUUACGAAGAAUGGCCCUAUCGUCAUUAUCAAUGUCAGCUUCCGUUGCGAUGCGUUCAUUAUCAAACACGUGAUUGAGACUAUGCCCUUACCUGAGCUUACCCAGGAACAGAUUGAACAAAGGCUCCGAGCUGGGGACCUUGGAAGCACUAAGACGCUGGAGUGGCUCUGGAAUGCUGUCGCAGGGCCUAUUCUUGACUACCUCGGUUACACGGAGACGCCUUGCAAUAAUGAGUGGCCUCAGAUAUGCUGGAUCACUACUGGAGCAUUAGAUCGCUUUCCGCUGCAUUCAGCUGGUUAUCACACUGAUGGCUCUCGCCGUACCGUUAUAGACAGAGCUAUGUCUUCCUACAGCUCGUCUCUAAACGCUAUCUUGGAAGCACCGGUGAAAGAUCAACAAGACUCCUCCACCAAGGCAGUGCUCGUUGCCAUGCAGAACACGCCAGGUACCACUUCCGUCUUGCCAUAUGCCCCAAAAGAGUUGACGAUAGUUCGUGACAUCUGCAACUCAAUGCAACUCAAUCCCGUGGAGCCGGAAAGGAGAACACAACAAGUGCUUGCCCAGUUGAAGGACUGCGAAAUCUUUCACUUUGCCGGCCACGGCGAAACAGAUGAGACAAAUCCACUCAAAAGUCAAUUGCGACUUGACGACUGGCAGACUCAACCUUUGACUGUAUCUGAUUUGCUAAACCUCAACCUACGUGAUAGCCCACCAUUCUUAGCAUACCUAUCAGCUUGUGGGACCAGCCAAAUCAAAGACAAACGGCUGUUAGAUGAGAGUCUUCACCUGAUCAGUGCAUGCAAGUUGGCUGGCUUUAGGAAUGUGGUAGGAACCCUGUGGGAAGUCGGUGAUAAGGCUUGUGUCGAUGUUGCGGAGACGGUAUAUAAAGAGCUGAGAGAUUCUAGCAUGGAUGAUUAUUCUGUGUGUCGAGGUUUGCAUAAGGCUACCCGAAAACUUCGUGAUAGCUGGCUAGUGGAGGUACACAUGCGCACAGUCAGAAGAGGUCAUAAUGAUUCAAUUGGAGAGGACCAGAAGGGUAGUGUUGAUCGAUCAGCAAGGGAUAUCAUACCAAUGGAUGAUUACAAGAAUGAGCGGCCUGCGCCGUGGGUUGCUUAUGUGUAUUAUGGAAGUAGGAGGUAA